AUGUCAAAUGGGAACGAAUCCGUGGUACCAGAAGGCUGGCCUCUGACGUUAGGCAGACGUGGCCUCAUCCUGCAGCUAGGAGAGCUCGAAGCCUCCGCACUACGUCUCGGGGAAUGUUACCUCUGCAUACGCAGCGCAGCUGCAGUUGCAACCACCUCGGGGAGCGGCGAAGCGGCCGCUGGUGAAACCGUCGAGCGGAAUACCGUCGAGAUCGCAGUAGUUUGGAGAACGACGUCGAUGAGGGCCCCAGGGUUCCUCGGUUGGGACCGCGAGGAGGAGUUCAUGGACUGGCGGGAGGUGUCUGGAAAAGGUCAGGGCAGUUCGAGCAACGGCGGCACCAGUAUAUCCGGCAACCAAUCCGCGAACGUGGUGAAGGGUACGCGUCUUCGGAGACGAUCCCGCGAGGAGACGCGCUCGCGGAGCCGGGAGGGUUGCACGAUCGAUCAUCGUCGCGAGGAGACCCGGUCGAUCGAUAGGUUGGAGUGCAAGAGUUCGAAUGAGAGCCGUGUGAUCGUCAGCGAAGUAGAAACGGGUCACGCGGUGAUGAAGUCCAGGUCGACCUCGAGCGUGGACACGUGGAAGGCGGAGUUCGACGGGGAUUUGAACGGGGUCGCGACCCGGGUCGGCUCGAACAACCCUUCUAGUCUUUCCGGCGACGAAAGUCGCGCCAAAGUGAAGAGGUGUGCCAAGGUAGUCUCGACGUCGACGAUGGAGAAGUGGAAGGAGACGACCAGAUGCGAGACCAGGAGCAAGCUCCUGGCUCCGGAGGACCUGAAGACCCCGCUGCGAUUGGACAAAGCUGUCCUCGAGCAAAAGAAAGGCGGAAAUGCUGACGGCGAAACGGAAGACAGGUUGCAGAACGCGAGAAACGUGGACGACGUCAGUGACGACGAUUUACCCGCUUUCAUCGGGAAUCUUCUGAUCUCGGUGGAGAGGAAGAUCGAAAGGGUCUCCUUGGACGACCUGACGUUCCCUUGUCCAGCGUGCAGGAACAUAGACACCGACGAUCCUCUGCUUGGAUGCAGGUGCGCGGGGGACGAUUGUAGCUGCGGAGCUGGGGAGGACACUUGCGAUUGUUCACCCUCGACGAAGGCGAGGACCGAACAGUCGGCGAGGAGCUUCGAGGUCGCGGGGAUUAAGCAUAUUGAUAGCGACGACGAGGAGGAGGUGCGGAUGGGUUUCGGAACGAAAAAGAGAGUCGACGACGUGGUAGCGCCCAGGACCAUUCACGACGUCCCGGAACACGUUCUCACGUGUGGCCUCACGCUUCCUGGGUACACGGACGCGAAUGGCAGACCUGUUCUCGAGUUCGAGGACGAGCCUGAUAGAAGGGAAGCGCUCUGCGUUAAGGAUGUAUCGUCGUUUCUUCUGUAUCUCACCCGUUUACCCAGCUCCGACCACUCGAAGAAUGGAUUCGCUCUGUUGGUCCGUAGCGGUUCACCGGAGUGUCUUGAGUUUCUGGACAAGGUCCUGGCCCUACUGCAGGACCGAGUGAACGUUUCCCAAGCAUUGUUACUGCAAACCUCUGUCGCCGAAGGUCCAACAGACUCUCAGUUACCUUUGAGCCACGUCAAGACGACAGUCCUGGACGACGACGCUUUGAGCAAACACAUUCCCAGGCGGGAAGAAAACCACGAGCAGCCGCAGUGGAUCGCGUUCUAUAAGGAAUACGACGGCCUGAUGACAGAAUGGCAGGCAGCCGGUCGCAGGCUGGCGUUGGAGAUGUCCGAGCUGAAGGAAUGCAGCAGCCUGUCGGGCACGUUGACGCCCCUCGGCCGAUUGCUCACGGACCCCACAUUACGAAGAACGUCCAGAGACGGAGAAGAGGCGAUCGCCGCGUUGGAGGAACGAGCAUCGCCGCUUUUGCACCUCGAGCACGUUAGAUUGUCGGUGAAACGGGCACGUAGAUUGGUGGAGGAGGUCGGGAACGCCGCCACCAGGCUCGAAUCCUCGUUCGAGUCGCGACGUGCGACCAUACGGAAUCUCGCGGUUCUUAGAAGCAUCGAGGACCAGGCGCACGAGGUGUUGUCCUGGUUGUGCAAGAAGGGCGAGGACAUCCUAUCCAAGCACGGGCAACACUCGGCGACGAAUCUGUCCGCAGCCCGGCUACACGAAAGGGAAUUCGAGAAGUUCUAUUUCACGUCGAUGAGACAUCUUGACAAAGGAAGCGACCUUGCCGAGGCGGCGAGCGCAAGCGGACUCCGCGAACUCGCCCGAUCCUUGAAGCAACACCUCCGAGGAUUCGGUUCCCGCCUGGAGGACAGGCGUGAGUAUCUCGAGGAUACGUCGAGAUGUUGCCUGCUCCAAGACAGGGCGUACGAGUGGGCCCAGGAGGCUCGUCUCGCGGGCGACAGGAGGGCCCAGCAGUUCCUGAUGGCCAGACCACCCCUGCCGGUCGAGCAUUUCACGGAAAUGAUGGCGCUCGCCGAGAAGCUCGGUAACGAGAUCCUCCUGGAACAAUGCCGUAUAGCGAGAACGAAGUGCGCGGAAGCCCUCGAGAUGGCGAGGACGACUUCCGCACCGGGCAGUCCAGCCAGGAGAAGAUCGUUCGCUGCAUCGGAGUCCGCCACGUCCUGGGAGGAUAGUCUGGCCAAAAGAACCUCGUGGGAUGACAGUGACAGCAGCGCGUCGUACGCUUGCCCCAUGGAGAGCAUAGGAUCCGCGGGAAGCGGCGGUCGUCCGGUGCUGGACAACAUCGCGGAGCUACGUGAGAGCGCGGAACAGCUCCUGGACUGCUCCCCGCCCCGGACGCCGCCCCGGAGCCCUGCUCCACGUCGUCUGGUGAAGCCACCGGUGAACUCGCACCUUCACAGAGCGGCCAGCAUCGCCCCCGGCAUGAAGGCGAAAAAAACAAUACUGCUUAUAAUGAGGGAAAUGAUACAGACCGAACGAGACUACGUGAAGUCCCUCGAGUACAUAAUAGAGAAUUAUAUUCCGGAGCUGGUGCGGGAGGACAUCCCUCAGGCCCUCCGUGGGCAGCGCAACGUGAUCUUCGGGAACGUGGAGAAGAUCUACGAGUUUCAUAGUCAACACUUUCUGCGGGAACUGGAACAGUGCGAGCAGUCGCCGAUGAACGUGGGACAAUGCUUCCUCAGACACGAGAAGAAAUUUUAUCUGUACGCGCUCUACAACAAGAACAAACCGAACUCGGAUUCGCUGAUGGCCGAGUACGGGACCGCGUUCUUCAAGCAGAAGCAGCUCGAGCUCGGGGACAAGAUGGACCUGGCCAGUUACUUAUUGAAGCCGGUGCAGCGAAUGGGAAAGUACGCGUUGCUUUUGCAACAGCUGGUCAAGGCGGGCACAGACCUCUCGGAGCAAAUAUCCGGCAAAGAUGAGAAGGAAGAGAAGGAGGACGGUCUGAAGCCGAUGGUCGAGGGGGAGGCUGAUUUGAGGGCGGCCGAGCAGAUGGUACGCUUCCAACUGCGUCACGGGAACGACCUACUGGCGAUGGAUUCUCUUCGAGACUGCGACGUGAACGUGAAGGAGCAGGGCAGACUACUCCGACAAAACGAAUUCUUGGUCUGGCAGGGUAAAGGCAAGAAAUGCUUGCGACAGGUCUUCCUGUUCGAGGACCUUAUCCUCUUCAGCAAGGCGAGAAGAUUCCCCGAUAGGAAGGCUCUGCCUCUUUUGUUCCAGAACCUCGACAUCUACAUCUACAAGCACAGCAUCAAAACGACGGACAUCGGGCUGACCGCCGUGAUCGCGGACUCGCCCACGAAGUUUGAGAUUUGGUUCCGCAAGAGGAAACCGGGCGACACGUACACGUUGCAGUGCGCGAGCGAGGACAUUAAGAAAGCCUGGACAGAGGAACUGAGCAACCUUUUAUGGAAGCAGGCGCUGCGAAACAGAGAAGUGCGCCUGGCGGAGAUGUCGAGCAUGGGCAUCGGAAACAAACCUUGUUUGGACAUUAGGCCUAGCGCGGAUCAGAUCAAUGACCGUUCCAUCAGUGUAGCUCAACUCUCGAAAACAGCACCUAGAUUUAGAAAUUCGAUAGCUGUGUCGAUGUCCGAAGACUCGGGUCGCUGCAGCAGGAGGCCACACAGCGUAAUCUCCGUGAGUUCAUCGUCGAGCAGCGGUGGCAGUAGUGGUCCUCCGACGACACUGAACCUUGGUUUGGACACGAGUCCUCGACCCCAUCAUCGUAGCACCACGCUCAACAGCCAAUGCAGCGUUGAAAGUGGAAUAAUAGCUGAUAUUUCAAUCGUCUCGGACGAUGGUGGUGACGGUACCGAGAGAAGUCACUGGAACUCGACCCUAGAGAGUCCCACGUCCCACCUGCCAACCACAUCCACGCCUCUCCAAUCACCAACCAGCGCGACCGCAGCGACAACAGUUACCUCGGCUUCUUCGUCCGACACUAAUCUCGCACCCUACGACCAAGACAUGUCCAUUAAUUUAUAAAUGCGCUGCCCCUGAAAAAGGCGGCACUAAACAUAGAGCAGAAUCUAUAUGUUCUCGAUUCACUUGCAAAGUUGUCUCGUGGUGAAUGCAGCGUGACUCAGCCUGAACGGCAAUACGAUGCCACGGUAACGUGUGGCCGUGUAGAAAAUAUUUAGAGCGCGUAUUUUCUUGUGCAAUCGUAGCUACAACGAUACUACUCGGACGAAAGUAUAACGCCGUUACGGAGAGACUGAUAGACCGCUGCAUUACGCUUACCGAGAAGUUCCAUAAACGACCGUCCGGUUGCAUACCUAUUACGGACAGGAGACGUUCAACAGACCACGGGGCACAGGCAUGCUAUAGAGACAAACGUUCAGGGUAGCUCAACUUUCAAGUGAAUUUAUCUUUUGAUACGCUUCACACACACACCACACACAUACACACACACACACACACACACACACAUAUAUGUGUUUCACUGAUCUACAUGAUCGCAUAGUUGUCACGUCUGAAUUUUUAUAAACCAUUAAUUUCCAGAA